AUGACCGACCUACAAACACUCUUCGCCUCAACCACGUACGUCGCCAUCGACUUCUACGCCGACUGGUGCGGGCCCUGCAAACAAGUCGCACCUUACUUUCAAAACCUGGCUAAACAGCAUGGCGUAGACGGCACGCUAGCGUUCGCAAAGGUUAACGUGGAUACUGCGCAGGACAUUGCGGCCGCGUACAGGGUACAGGCGAUGCCGACGUUUAUGUUCUUCAAGGAAGGGAAGCAGGUCGCGGUGAAUGGGAACAAGGCGAUUCAAGGGGCGGAUGUGAGGAGUUUAGGUGCGGCAGCGGAAAAGUUGGGAGAUUUGGCGAAGAAAAGAGCUGCAGAGAAGAGCGGUUAA